AUGUUGCGUAUUGCAUUCUUUGGAUCCGACAUUUUUUCAGUCAAAGCCUUGUCCACAUUACUUGAUGCCAAACUGGCUCCCAAUAAUAAUCUAAUAUCAUCUUUGGAUGUCAUAACCCGCUCUAUAAAGCCUCAGGGAAGAAAGAGAAUACUUACUGAUGUACCCAUAGGCACAUUUGCAACCAAUGCGAACCUUCCCGUACAUAGAGCUGAUUCAAGAGAUCAAAUACUUCAGUUGUCCGAAAAGAUAAACCCAAACUUAACUAUCGCGGUUUCAUAUGGUAAACUCAUACCCGCCGAUUUUAUCCUGAAAUGUGAAUAUGGUGGACUAAAUGUUCACCCUUCACUACUUCCCAAAUACUCAGGAUCAUCACCAAUUCAGUACGCAAUUAGAAACGGUGACCAAACUACGGGUGUCACUAUCCAGACAUUACACCCUACAAAAUUUGAUAGAGGGGAAAUAAUAGCACAGUCUGGAGAAGUUGACAUCUUAGAAAAUGAAAAUUACGAUUCUCUCUUGGAAAGGUUAGGCAAGUUGGGUAGUGAUAUGCUUAUACAGACUUUGCAAGAUGGUCUUUACAAAUCACCAAUAACACCAAUAAUACCUUCCACCUCGUUUUCAUUGGCUCCCAGGAUUUCACCGAGUGAAAGUGAAAUACUUUGGAAUGAUCAUACUACCAAAAGUGUGAUUAAUCUUUACAAAUCUUUGGGUCCACUACAUACUUUUCAAAAACGUUUGACCAAAAAGAAGAAAAAUGCAGACGCUGUUGAAGAGUUGUAUAAAGUUAUCUUUUCAGAUAUAAAGAUAUAUACUGGGCCUUUGGAAUUAUCGCAAAUCAGUUUGGGGGCAUUUCACCUAGACCUGGUUAAUGAUCGACUCUUAGUUAAGACUAAAGAUGGAGCUAUAUCUGUUGGUCUUGUAAAAUUUCAGUAUCAGAGUUACGAAAGCCCUACGAAGUUUGUUAGCCAGACACUGAAGAGAUGUGGCGUAACUUCAUCUAAAACUAAGUUUAUUCAAUCUAUCUAA